GUGGGAUGGUUCGUGAAAGGAGAGAGCUGGUGUGGAAAUGGGAGCACUAUUAAAGGCCGAGUGUGGAGAUAGAGAGCAGACCGUUUCGGGAACAGGAGGAGAGGACAUCACUGAGGAUGCCAGAGCCGGCCAAAAAACCAGUUUCAGCAUUUGCCAAGAAACCAAAGACCCAGGAAGCCGAGGAGGGGUCCUCUGUGGUCUUCGAGGCAGAGACCGAGAAGCCUGACGCUAAAGUAAAAUGGCAGUGCAACUCCAAGGACAUCACCAACGGCGAGAAAUACGUCAUCGCAGCCGAUGGAAACAAGCACUCGCUCACCAUCGUGGCGGUUUGUAAGGAAGACGCCAACGUGUAUGCAGUGAUUGCUGGGAGUUCAAAGGUCAAAUUUGAUCUGAAGGUCGUACCAAAGCCAGAAGCUCCAGCUGAGGCCCCUGCUGAUGGACCUCCAGCGGACCAGGCGUCUGCUCAGCCCACAGCAGCUCCCACGCCGGAGGAACCAGCUGCCCCGUCACAGGACGCCCCUCCGGCCGAGGAAGCACAGCCUCCAGACACCAGACAGGACCUGACUGGACUCUUCACAGAGAAACCCCAGAGUGGAGAGGUCACUGUAGGUGAAAACAUCACCUUCGUAGCUAAAGUGAGCGCUGACUCACUGCUGAAGAAACCCACCAUUAAAUGGUUUAAAGGGAAGUGGAUGGACCUCGCCAGCAAGUCUGGAAAACACCUGCAGCUAAAAGAAACAUUUGACCGGAACACCAAGGUGUACACAUUUGAGAUGCAGAUCAUUGAAGCCAAAGCGAACUUCGCAGGUGGUUACAGAUGUGAGGUUGCAUCCAGGGACAAGUUUGACAGCUGCAAUUUUGAACUGACUGUACAUGAGGCUCGCGCUGCUGAAGGUCUGGAUAUAAGAGCAGCUUUCAGGCGCACUAGCACAGAUGGAAAUGAAGACUCAGGAGAACUGGACUUCAGCGCCUUAUUAAAAAAGAGAGAAGCUGUGCAGACGACUGCAGAGCCUGAUGUGGACGUGUGGAACAUCCUCAGCCACGCUCCUCCGUCAGAAUUCGAGAAAAUCGCUUUCCAGCAUGGCAUCACUGACCUGAGAGGGAUGCUCAAAAGACUGAAGAAGAUGAAGAAAGAGGAGAAGAAAAGCGAAGCUUUCCUCAAAAAGCUGGACCCGGCCUACCAGGUGUCAAAGGGACAGAAAAUAAAGCUGGCGGUUGAGGUGGCAAAUGCAGACGUGGAGGUGAAGUGGCUGAAAAACGGACAAGAAAUCCAGCCAACUGGAAGCAAGUACAUAUUUGAGAGCGUUGGCAACAUGCGCUACCUCACCAUCAACCACUGCUCCUUGGCGGACGACGCGGCGUACUGCUGCGUGGUUGGGAAUGAGAAAUGCACCACGGAGCUCUUUGUUAAAGAGCCUCCCGUCCAGAUUUUGAGAAAUCUGGAGGAUCAGAUGGUGAUGAAGGGGGAACGGGUGGAGUUUGUGUGUGAAGUCUCAGAGGAAGGAGCCAAUGUGAAGUGGGAGAAAGACGGCGUGGAACUGACCAGGGACGAGUCGUUCAAAUAUCGCUUCAAGAAGGACGGCUGCAAGCACGUGCUGAUCAUCAAUGAGGCCACCAAGGAAGACUGCGGCCACUACAAGGUUAAAACCAAUGGCGGCGAGUCCAUGGCCGAGCUCAUGGUGCAGGAGAAACAGCUGGAGGUCUAUCAGAGCAUCGCAGACCUCACAGUGAAGGCGAAGGACCAGGCCGUGUUCAAAUGCGAGGUGUCUGAUGAGAACGUGAGAGGAACCUGGUACAAGAACGGCGUCGAAGUCAAGCCUGACACCAGGAUAAAUAUCUCACACAUCGGCAGGAACCACAAACUGACUAUUGAUGACGUGAAACCGGAAGAUGAGGGCGACUACACCUUUGUGCCGGACGGCCACGCUUUCAACCUCUCUGCUAAACUCAACUUCCUCGAGGUGAAGAUCGACUUCGUGCCACGCCAAGAUCCUCCCAAAAUCCACCUGGACUGUAUGGGUCGCACCGCCGAUUCGACCAUCGUGGUGGUGGCCGGCAACAAACUGCGCCUGGACGUCCCGAUCACCGGAGACCCCGCCCCCACCGUCAUCUGGACCAAAGGAGAGAAGGCUAGUUCUGUAAAACCUGAAGGUGAAGAGAAAGAAGGGAACGAAGCCUCUUGGACCACGACCGGUGGAGAGGUCGUCACAGAGGGAGACGGCAGGGUGCAUGUGGAAACCACCAAGGGCCACUGCAUCUUCACCAUCGAGGGCGCAGAGAGGCAGGACGAGGGCAUCUACUCCGUCGUGGUCCGAAACCCUGCAGGAGAGGACACUGCUGAUAUCAACGUCAAAGUCGUUGAUGUUCCUGAUCCUCCUCAGGCUCCCACAAUCCUCAGCGUUGGCGAGGACUCCUGUGUGGUUCACUGGGAUCCUCCUGCGUUUGACGGCGGCCAGCCCAUCAUCGGCUACGUGCUCGAGAGGAAGAAGCUGAAGAGCUACAGGUGGAUGAGGCUGAACUUUGACCCUUACCCCGACACCACCUAUGAGGCCAAGCGGAUGAUUGAAGGCGUGCCGUACGAGAUGCGAGUCUACGCCGUCAACAGCAUCGGCAUGUCUCGCCACAGCCCCGCCUCGCAGCCGUUUGUGCCAGUCGCGCCAACGAGCGAGCCCCUCGGACUGUGCGUGGACGAUGUCAGCGACACUUCCAUCUCACUGAAGUGGCGGCGGCCCGAGAGGAUCGGCUCGGCUGAACUGGAGGGUUACGGGGUUGAGUACUGCAAGGAGGGCACUGAUGAGUGGAUACCGGCGAUCCAGGGUCUGACAGAGAGGACGUCGGUGGUUAUCAAAGGUCUCGCCACCGGAGACAAGCUGCAGUUUCGUGUGCGGGCCUUCAACAUGGCAGGGCCCAGCGCUCCUGCCACUCUGGCUCAACCCGUCACCAUCAGAGAGAUUAUGCAACGUCCUAAAAUUUGGCUCCCCAGAUAUCUUCGGCAGACACUCAUCAAGAAAGUUGGAGAAACCGUCAACAUUGUGAUCCCAUUCCAGGGUAAACCCAGGCCAAAAGUUACAUGGAGCAAAGACGGGGAAGUUCUCAGUCCUCAGUUUGCCAGCGUGAGAAAUAGCGAAGUAGACACGAUUCUCUUCAUCCGCAAGACCGAGAGGCACCACUCGGGUAAAUACGACCUCCAGGUGCAGAUUGAGAACGUGGAGGAUACCGGGGCGAUCACACUGCAGAUCGUUGAUGUCCCGGGGCCCCCUGAGGCUCUGAAGAUCAUGGAUGUUUGGGGUUUCAACGUUGCGCUGGAGUGGAAGCCGCCCAAGGACAACGGCAACUGUGAAAUUAUUGGAUACAACGUUCAGAAAGCUGACAAGAAGACUAUGGAGUGGUUUACAGUGUACGACCAGUACAGACGAACCCACUGCGUCGUGUCCGACCUCAUCAUGGGCAACGAGUACAUCUUCAGGGUGUUCGCCAUCAACCUGGUGGGCCUCAGUCCCGACCCCUGCUGCACGAAGGACAGUGUCUAUAUCCAGAAGACAGGUAUCGUGUACAAGCCGCCCUCCUACAAGGAUCCCGACUUCUCAGAGGCUCCCAAGUUCACGCAUCCUCUGGUGAACAGGUCCGUCAUCGCGGGAUACAACGCCACCCUCAGCUGCUCAGUGAGAGGCAUACCCAAGCCCAAAGUCACCUGGUACAAGAACAAGAUGGACAUCUCGCACGAGUCCAAGUACCGAAUGCUCAGCAAGCAGGGCGUCCUGACGCUGGAGAUCCGCAAGCCGUGCCCGUUCGACGGCGGGGUGUACAUGUGCAAGGCGGUGAACGACAGCGGGGAAGACGUGGUGGAGUGCAAACUGGAGGUCCGGCCUCAAGUUCCCAAAGAAACCAAGAAGGAGGGCAAUAAUUAACUGUGAGCGCCAAACUGAGGACUGGAGGGACGGCCUCCUCCCCCACAUAUCGACUGUUUGAUGCCAUUAAAGACUCCGCAUCAUGAGCUCUGCUACGUCCACUUCCUCUGAAAGUUUCAUGCUCUGCAGCUAACUUGCAUGGAGUCUGUUGUGUUUGUGUUUGAUUUCCUCAUCAGAAGCUGAUCACUGGAAGAAAAAAAUGUUUGUUUUAAUGUUUUAAUGUUUGGCCAUCACUGUCUUUCGUGCCUGUCUCGGAGAUUAGACAUGAAUGUUAGUGAUGUGUCAUCAAGAUGGCAAAUAGAAGCAAAAAAAAGGCAAUAUACAUGAGUUGAUUUAUAAUUGUCA